GGGAAGACAUCUCUGAUUAUGUCUCUGGUUAGUGAAGAAUUCCCAGAAGAGGUCCCUCCACGGGCAGAAGAAAUCACCAUUCCAGCUGAUGUUACACCUGAGAGAGUUCCAACGCACAUAGUCGAUUACUCAGAAGCAGAACAAAGUGAUGAACAGCUUCACCAUGAGAUCGCCCAGGCUAAUGUUAUCUGUAUAGUCUAUGCUGUUAACAACAAGCAUUCUAUUGACAAGGUAACAAGCCGGUGGAUUCCUCUCAUCAACGAACGAACAGACAAAGACAGCAGGCUGCCUUUGAUAUUAGUUGGGAACAAGUCGGAUCUAGUGGAAUAUAGCAGUAUGGAAACCAUUCUUCCCAUCAUGAACCAGUACACAGAGAUAGAGACCUGUGUAGAGUGUUCAGCGAAAAACUUAAAAAACAUAUCGGAGCUAUUUUAUUAUGCACAGAAGGCUGUUCUGCAUCCUACAGGGCCCUUGUAUUGUCCAGAAGAAAAAGAGAUGAAACCAGCUUGUGUCAAGGCCCUAACACGAAUCUUCAAGAUAUCUGACCAGGACAACGACGGCACACUCAACGAUGCCGAGCUCAACUUCUUUCAGAGAAUUUGUUUUAACACUCCAUUAGCUCCUCAAGCACUGGAAGACGUUAAGAAUGUAGUCAGGAAAAAUCUAAGUGAUGGAGUGGCUGACAGUGGACUGACCCUAAAAGGCUUUCUUUUUCUACAUACACUUUUUAUCCAGAGAGGGAGACAUGAAACGACUUGGACAGUGCUUCGUCGUUUUGGUUAUGAUGAUGAUCUGGAACUUACACCAGAAUAUUUAUUCCCUUUACUAAAAAUACCUCCUGACUGCACCACUGAAUUAAAUCAUCAUGCUUAUUUAUUUCUCCAGAGCAUUUUCGACAAGCAUGAUUUGGAUAGAGACUGUGCUUUAUCACCUGAUGAACUUAAAGAUUUAUUCAAAGUCUUCCCUUACAUGCCUUGGGGACCUGAUGUAAACAACACAGUUUGUACAAAUGAACGGGGGUGGAUCACCUAUCAGGGAUUUCUUUCACAGUGGACGCUUACAACCUAUUUAGAUGUACAGCGGUGCCUGGAGUAUUUGGGCUAUCUCGGCUACUCAAUAUUGACUGAACAAGAGUCUCAAGCUUCUGCCAUCACAGUAACAAGAGAUAAAAAGAUAGAUCUUCAAAAGAAACAGACUCAAAGAAAUGUGUUUAGAUGUAAUGUUAUUGGAAUGAAAGGAUGUGGGAAGAGUGGAGUUCUUCAGGCCCUUCUUGGAAGAAACUUAAUGAGGCAAAAGCAUAUUUGUGAUGACCAUAAAUCUUAUUAUGCAAUUAAUACUGUUUAUGUAUAUGGACAAGAGAAAUACUUAUUGUUGCAUGAUAUCUCUGAAUCUGAAUUCUUAACUGAGGCGGAGAUCAUAUGUGAUGCUGUAUGCCUGGUAUAUGAUGUCAGUAAUCCCAAGUCCUUUGAAUAUUGUGCCAGGAUUUUUAAGCAACACUUCAUGGACAGUAGAAUCCCCUGUUUAAUUGUAGCUGCAAAAUCAGACCUGCAUGAAAUUCGACAAGAAUAUAGCAUUUCACCCAGUGAUUUCUGCAGGAAACACAAAAUGCCUCCACCACAAGCCUUCACUUGCAAUACUGCUGACGCACCUAGUAAGGAUAUCUUUGUUAAGUUGACAACAAUGGCCAUGUAUCCCCAUGCCCGGUUACGCUGUCUGUGCGCCUGCAACAGGUGCACAUUCUGCAUCUGUCAGAGCUUCCUCAACUCAGACUUGCUGCAAUCUGUAAAGAACAAACUCUUCACGGCAGUUCUUACCAGGCAUGUGACGCAGGCAGACCUCAAGAGCUCCACAUUUUGGCUUCGAGCAAGUUUUGGUGCUACAGUGUUUGCAGUUUUGGGGUUUGCUAUGUACAAAGCGUUGUUGAAACAGCGAUGAUCUAAACAACAAGUUCAAUAAUGGCCCUACCAAAAACCAAUACUUUUAUGUACAUUCUGAAUGCUUUAAAUUGUGCUAGAAAUAUUGAGAUAUUUAUAUAUGCAGAGUUACUUUAUUAAUAUUUGUAAUUCUUGCAUAAGAGUAUUUUAAAAGAUAGCAAUGACUACAGUAUUGGCUAGUGUGUAUGCAAAGGAGAGUUCUACUUAAUGGCCACGUAAAGGUGGCCUACAGAGGCCAAAAGGGAAUGUUUUGUAAAUAAUGUACAUACUCAGGCAGCAAGAUAUGUGGCUUCCCAAAAAACUGAGUUAUGGAAAUGCUGUCCAUAGAUGUUUCCACAUACAUAUUAGUGUUUAAUUGGAACUCACUAUCAUAGGUUUUAGUUCAACUCAAUUGUACUUGCUCACGGAUUACUUAUUUAUUUCACAUUCAUUUGAAAUGAUGCGUUGGGGGCAGGGGGGGGGGUACAGCAUCGAAGCACCAUGAGGCACAGUUCACGAUUUUCCCUCCCUGGAGGAUACCUGUCAGUUUUCCAAUAGAGUUUUGUUUCAUUUCAAGGACAGCUUCACUAUGGCCCACCAGCCACUGGGGCUUGAUAUGAUCUCUGACAUGCACAGCUGGACGUGAGGCUCCCCUUGAAGGGUGCAGCAAAACUUUCCCAAAGUCACAUAGCAAAAGAAUCAGUGUAAUUGUUAUGUAUUCCUUAAUUUUUGAAUAUGUUGUAUUUUAUAAACCCUUUCAGAUCAAAUGGGGGUGGGAUGGGGAGGAGCCAAUUUAUACAUUAUGAAUGUUUCUAGUUCAAAAGACCAUUACUGUUUAAUUUCCUCCAAACUGUAAAAUCAUCCUGUCUCGGCCGUGUCUGUAGUGCCAAGGGAGUGCACAGUUCUUGCUCUGUUGUAGAAUAUCACAGUUGCCGCAUGCUUCCUGAUGUGUUCUAUACCUGGUUAGAACUCCCUGUAGACAGCGACUUUUUUAAAUGAAAGAAUAAAUCUAAUGAAUCUAAACCCUCAUGAUAAACUUAUUUUUUCCAUCAUCAACCUUUUAAAGUAUUUCAAUAAAUAACUCAUGUGUACUGUG